ACGGGCUUCCGGUUCGCUGCCGCAUUACCGACUAGUGUGAGGUUCUGGACUUGGAAAUUGCUACAGUAACGGAGUUUUCAGACAGCGGGCUGAGGUGAUGCAUUUAUGCUGCUAAAGUUAUGUAGCAAGCAUGAAUCAGCUGCCAACAGAUACAAUUUGUUUGUUGUCAAGCUCACAGGUAAUCACCUCAGUAGUCAGUGUGGUCAAAGAAUUGAUAGAAAACUCCCUGGAUGCCUCUGCCACCAAUAUAGAGGUCAGACUGGAUAAUUAUGGCUUGGACAGAAUUGAGGUACGAGAUAAUGGUGAUGGAAUUAAAUCAGCUGAUACAUCAUUCAUGGCAUUGAAACAUUACACUUCCAAAAUCAGUAGCCAUGAUGAUUUAGAAAGUUUAGCUACUUAUGGAUUUCGUGGUGAGGCUUUGGCCUCCAUCUGUGCCAUAUCUGAGGUCACAGUUACAACUAAAACUGCAGAUGAUGAUGUGAGUUUCCAGUAUAUUUUGGACAAUACUGGUCAUGUGGUGUCUCAGAAACCCUCUCAUCUUGGACAAGGCACUACUGUGACUGUACUCAAACUGUUUAAGAACCUUCCAGUAAGAAAGCAGUUUUAUUCCACUGCCAAGAAAUGUAAAGAGGAGCUGAAGAAAGUGCAGGACCUGUUAAUGGCUUAUUCUGUUAUAAAACCAGAAUUGAGGAUAGUUUUUACGCAUAAUAAGACAAUUAUUUGGCAAAAGUCCAAGGUGUCAGAUCACAGAAUGGCCCUCAGGUCAGUGCUGGGCGCUGCAAUAAUGAGCUGUAUGGUACCCUUCCAACACCACUGCAAAGAUCCUGAGGUUUUCAUCAGUGGAUUUCUUCCUAAACCAGGUUCUGACACCUCUUUGACGAGUCUUUCUUCCUCUGAUAGGAGUUUAAUUUUUGUUAAUCAGCGGCCUGUACACUACAAAGAAAUAUUAAAGCUGGUCCGUCAGUACUACAGUUUGCAGUGCAAGAAGGAUUCUUCAAAUGUUCGUUACCCUGUGUUUUUUAUGAAUAUUGUUGUCCAUGCUUCUGCUACUGAUGUGAAUUUAACACCAGAUAAAACCCAAGUCUUACUUCUGAACAAGGAAUCAGUUUUGUCUUCUCUUACAACAGUUUUAAUUUCGCUGUAUGGACUCCUGCCUGACAAACUGUCAGAUGAAAAUACGGAAAUUGAGGAUCUUGCAGCUGUUUCUCCUGAAACAUCACCACUUGUGAGUCGUAAUUCAGAUGCCCACACCACACCAAAAUUGUCCAGUAAUGAUACACAGAAUGCUCAAACGGAACCUGUGGUUCAGAUGUUUCACAAUAAAAAUCCAGAUUGUCCUGUGAAUGACACGGGAAACUCUGACCCUAAUUCUGCAAAGGACAUGACAGUCCAAGCCUUGGACAUUUUAUCAUCCUAUGGCAACAGCCAGGUUAUUGAAAAUGUAAAUGAGUUUGGGAUAACUGUCACCCUAGGGGAUGAUAGCAAUCAAGUGGACUCUGAUCCAGUGAGUAAUACAGAGAGUUUACUGAACAGAGGUCUGGCAAAAGGUCGAAAAGUAAUUACCCAAGAGACAGAUGUAGGUAAAAGUAUUUGUGAAUGCUCUGCUGAUACUUGGAGCAUGGGGACUGCAAUAAAGAAUGCUGAAGGAGGCAACCUGCAGCCUGUCCAUGUCUUAGUACCAACAGAGAAAAGGUUAAAAACACUGGACAAUGAUGAUAAAAACAUUCAGCUAUGCCUGGAUAAGUUGAAUUCAAGCAAAAGUCCCAGUAAAGAAAUGUCUAAUGUAGUCACUGAGAAAUUAGGGCAGACUACAGCCUAUGAUUUGAUCAGCAGCCGGACAGUAAGGAAACCAUUAUCAGCCAGGGAUAUUUUCAUGCAAGAAACACGAACAAAGAUUUUAGCAGAAAACCCCAAAUCUAGUAUCCAAGAUAUUUCCAUGAAAAUUGAAGAUAUGUGGAAGGGACUGAAGAAUGAGGAGAGAAACAAGUAUGAAGAAAGAGCAACCAAAGACCUUGAAAGAUACAAUAUGCAAACAAAAAGGGCUAUGGAGGUGCUUGGAAACGAUCCCUGUAAAGGAGACAAAAAACAGAAACCUGCACUACAAAAACAUAAACUGAAAGCUCCUUUAUCUAACCAGCAGUUGCUUGACAAACUUUUUGAGUCUCAGAAGGAAAAGAAACUGAGACAUGCAAGCAGUCUUAAGAGCACAAAAGUACAAUUUUCUAUGUCUUCCUUAAAAACUAAACUCCAGCAACUUUCCAAGAAUUGUAGUUUGGCAACUGAAGGGCCUCAUGUUAUUGCUCGACUAAAUUUUCAAGGUGCAUGGAUUAUUGAGUCUGAAAAGAAACUGAUGCUGUUAAAUCCAUAUCGUGUGGAAGAAGCCCUGCUGUUUAAAAGACUAAUGGAGAAUCAUAUACUUCCUGCAGAAUCACUUGAAGCACCAAUUGUCUUAACAGACAGUCUUCUUGGUGGAACUCAGUAUAUGGAAGCACUUAAUAAUAUGCAGAAAGAAUGCCCACAGCUCAGUGGUGUGACCUACUUUUCUGAUCCAAGACUUGUGGCAAAUGGAUUUAAAAUACGUUUGAUGCCAGGUGCAUCAUUUACACAAAACCAUCUGGAUAUCGUAGAAAUGGCCAGCUGCCUGCCUUACUAUGGAGUGUCAGAUCUAAAGGAAAUUCUGCAUGCUAUACUACAUAAAGAUGCAAAAAUGGUACACCAGUGUAGAUCUUUCAAAUUGGUCAGUUAUUUGCAGGGAGAAGCAGUCCGCCUGGCUCGGCAGCUACCUUUGCGUUUUUCAAAAGAAGAUAUACAAGACACAAUAUGCAGAAUGAAGCAGCAACUUGGAAAAGAAAUCAAAAUGUGUGUUCAUGGUCGUCCAUUUUUUCAUUACUUAGUAGAUAUUCCAGAGAUGGAAUAGCAGUCUAAAGUUGUAUGUAAAAACUUGUAUUUUGGUGUUCUUUCUAUGCAUCAAUGUUUUUGUAAUUAAUACUGAUGGCAGUACAGCCAUGGAGAGUUAUAAAUACAUUUUAUAAAAAUAAAAAUCAUGGUUUCUCAGUGA